AUGACAGCAGAGACGUCGGCAUGCCGUUUGCCGCAUGCCUUCUGCACUUCUGCGUGCGGCAGCCCUCCUCCCGCCAGCCUGCGCAGCUUCAGCAGCAACACUAAACCCAGGGAAGGCGUCAUCAGACAGGCUCGACGCUACGACACUCUGCUGCAUCCAUUCGAACAGGCUGCUCUCGCAGAAGCAGCGACGCCUCAGAGAGACAGCAGCAGAAACUGCAGCAGCGACGGCUGCUGCGUUGUCACGCUGUCGGGUGUGGAAGAGCUCAAAGGGAUCUCAGAUCCUGAAGGAUUGCAAACCUUUGGGGUUGGAGUCUUGCAGUCUCUCGGCCUGAAGAAAAGCCACGUGCAUGUCCGCUGUGUUGGCGAGAAGGAAAUGCAACAGAUUCGCAAUGCGUAUCCUCCAAGGCGUGGGAGCAGUUGCGCUGGCAAAGGCAGCAGGAGCAGGAGCAGGAGCGGCAGUUUCCGCGACUCCGAAGCGACAGACGCAUUAUCCUUUGCCGCAGUAGAUUCAGAACGGUUUCGAAAGCGGCGAGAGAUUUUUCUGAGGGCAGCUCGAUUGGCAACGCAUGCGGCUGUGGCAGAGAGCGCGGCAGCGAUGCAGGCAGCAGAAUUCAGAGAUCAGAUGCAUCAGGAACUGCGGUGUAUCCGCAGGCGGACUCGGCAAACGUUUUUAGGAGACAUUUUUUUGUGCCCCUCUGUGGUGUACAGACAGCAGCAAGAGGAUAGGAAGCAGGCUGAAGCGGCUGCUUUGCAAGACGCCGAAUGCGAGACCCUCCCUUCCAAAGGGGUGCUUCGGCGUCUGCUUCAGUCUGGACUUACGGAGGAGAGGCUUCAACUCCUCGUUGUACACUCCAUGUUGCACCUCAUUGGGUUUGCACACGCCACGCCAGAGGAGACUGCGGAUAUGCGGGAAGCCGAGGAGUUCUUGUGUCUCUUGACGCCGCCCAGCCCCUUCAAGCUUCGCGUGGCUGGCGUGGGUACAGACAUCGUGUCCACUGACAGAUUUCAGAGAACGAUCCGCUCCCUGCUCGCCGCAGACGAACUAGCGGCAAAUAGGGCUUUGCAGACGCACCCGCCGGAGGCUGCAUGCACAGCAGCUGCAGGAACUGCCCCUGCUGUGCAUGCAGCCUCCGGCGGGUGCACCUGCAGUGCCAUGUGUCGGUACACGUCGCGGCUGUUGUCUCCUAUUGAGGCCGCUCAGUUGCGGAGGCUACAGCCAACACUUUUCGCUGCGCACUGGACCUUGCGGCGGCAACAGCGAAAGCCGCAACAGCUGCAGGGCAUGCAGAGCACCCCCUCUACCACCCUCAGCAGCAGCACAGCGACAAAAACACCUUCUUCCUCCGACGUGGGAAGGCCUGCUCCUGCUCCUGCUCCUGCGGCAGCCAUCCGAAGUGCAGCGAGGUUCUUAGGGAGACGCUUUGCUGCGAAGGAAGCAGCAGCAAAGGCUCUCGGGGUUGGCCUCCGCAUCCUGAGCCCAGGCGGCUUGUCUCUCAGUGAAAUAGAAGUGCAGCACUUGGCAGAGGGGAAGCCGCUUCUGCUCCUGCGAAACAAGGCCGAAGCCAUGCGGCGCUUAAGGCAUGUGAGGGCCAUGCUUCUCUCUAGCGCAGAUGAUGCUGGCAUCGCAACUGCGCAGGUUAUUGCGUGCUGCUGA